AUGUAUUCCUCAAUUGUUAACAAAUCAAUAGAACCUUGUCCUAUAUCAUCAUCAUCAUCUCCUAUUACAACAUCAUUAAUCUCAAAUAAUGAUAGUAUACCUAUCAGUAAUAAUUCUACAUCAUCAUCAUUACAAACAUAUGGAAAAAAAGAAAAUACAUUAACAAAUAUUUCAUAUUCAUCAUACAAUUGUUCAAAUGAUUAUUAUACAAAAAAACGUAUUGAAGAAUUACAUGAACGUAUGGAUGAUAUACAAAUAUCAAAUUUAUCAAAAGAUUUAUGUAAUGGACAUGUUUUAAUUGAUUUAAUUGAAUUAUUUUCAUCAACAAAAUUAAAACGUGAACAUGGUCAUACACGUUUUCAUUCAUUAGCAAAUGUUCAAUAUGUUUUAGAUUAUUUAAAAAUACGUAUGCAACAUAUUGAUAUAACACCAUAUGAUAUUGUAUCAGGAAAUCGUAAACAAAUCUUAGCAUUAUUAUGGAUUAUAAUGAGAAUAUUUGAUUUGCCAGCAUUUCGUAUAGCAAAUAAAAAUUGUUUUGUAGAAAAAACACUUUUAGGUUUUGGACAAGAUCGUAGUACUAUUAUAAAUUGGUUAAAUAAUAUUUUAAAUCAAAGUUUAAAUACAAAAGAAAUUUAUAUUAAAGAUUUUUAUAUCCAUACGUGGGAUGAUAGUUAUUAUUUAUCAUUAAUUAUUAAAUAUUUAAUACCAUUAAGUAUAAAUUAUUUAACAAAUAAAUGUUUUAAUUAUUUAAAAGAAUUAGAUAAAUUAAAUUCUUAUGAUCGACAACGUUUUCUAUUAUGUUUAAAUAUUUCAAAUUAUUGUUUUAAUACAAUAACAAUUAUUGAUUUGACAGAUAAAAGUGAAAAAUGUUUAUUUAAAUAUUUUGCUGAAUUAAAACAAAAUAUUUUAAAUAUUCUCAAAGCAAAUCAUAUCGGAAAAUUAAUUCACAAUAAUCCUUAUGCUAAACAAGUAUUUGAUACAGUUAUUCAAACAGAAACAGAACAUUCUUCACAUGUAAUUAAUAAUAAUGAAGAAUAUUUAAGUUGUAUUGAAGAUGAUCAUCAACAAGUAUCAACAGAAAAACAUAGAAGAUUGCCUAUGGAUUCUAUAGAUGAUAUAACACCGUCAUUAUCAUCAUCAAAUAAUAUUGAUGAAUCAUCAGAUUUACGAACAGUAGAAAGAUCAAGAUCGUUUUAUGAUGAACAACAAGAAGCAAAAUUAAAGCGAAUAAAUUCUUCGGAGAAAAUCGAGGAUUUAGAAAGUAAUUUCCAUAUGAUAAAUACUCAUAAUGAAAUGCCAAAAGAAGAACAGACUGAAAUGAUAACUGAUCAAUCAGAACAGCUUAAUGGCUUAGUUGAAAAUUUACAACACAGUGUAUCAUCAAUUGAACAAAGUGAACAAGAUACAAAUAGCUAUAUAGAUGCUGAGGAAUCAAUAACUCCAAUUGAAGAUUCUGAACAAUUUCUAUCAACAAUUGAACAACCUACAAUUAUUAAUAAUGAAACAAAAGAAAUGACAUUAACACAAAUUGAAAAUCAACUAAAUGAAAAAUUAGAACAAUCUACAGAUGAUUAUGAAGAGUCACAACAAAUUACAACGUCACAAAAAGAAAUUGUACAACCAAUUGAAAAUAAAAAUUCUAUUACUAUGGAUGAAAUAUUAGAACAACCAAUUUAUAUAAUUGAAGAAUUAUCACAUCCUAUAGUAUUAAUUGAAAAAUCAAAGCAAAUUACAACAGAAGAACCAAAAACUCCAUCAAUAACUUCAGUCGAAGAAAAUAAACAAUCUACAGAUGAUUAUGAACCAUCAGAGCAGUUUAAAAUGUCCCAGGAUGAGAUUGAACAAUCUGUUGAAAAUAAAAAUUCUAUUACUACGGAUGAAAUAUUAAAACAACCAAUUCUUAUAAUUGAAGAAUUAUCACACCCUGCAGUAUUAAUUGAAAAAUUAGAGGAAAUUACAAUUGACAAACCACAACAACAAUCUAUAACUUCAAAUGAAGAAGAUACAACACAAAUGACAAAUGAAUAUGAAAAAAUGGAGCAUAAUAAACUUGACGAACCUACAAACCAAUCAAUAAUACCAACAGAGGAGAAUAAACAAUCUACAGAUGAUCAUGAACAGUCACAACAGUUUACAACGUCCCAGGAAGAAAUUGAACAAUCUGUUGAAAACAAAAAUCCUAUUACUACAGAUGAAACAUUAGAACAACCUACGUUUAUAAUUACAGAAGUAUCACAACCUGUAGUAUUGAAUGAAAAUUUAGAACAAAUUACAAUUGAAGAACCACAACAACAAUCUAUGAGUUCAAAUGAAGAAGAUAAACAAAUGACAAAUAAAUAUGAAAGAUUAGAACAAACUUUAGCAUUAAUUAAAGAAAUUGAACAAUCAGUUAAAAAUAAAUCGUCUAUUACGGAAGCUGAUCAAUCAAUAAGCACAAACGAAGAAGAAGAAGACGAACUAUAUUUAAUAUUAAAUGAAAACAUUAAACAAUCUAAUGUUGAAAUCGAGCCAUUAGAGCAAUCCACAAUUGCAAUUGAAGAUAAAACCCACGAACAAUUGAAUACAUCAACUGAAGCAAAUAAUAUAUCGACAAUUGAAUAUGAAAAAUUGGAACAACCAAUUUCAAAUGAAUCUUCUAGUAUUACAAAUCAAAGAUUAGAACAACUCACAACUGAACAACCAUUACAAUCAAUUGUAUCAAAUGACAAUGAAGACAUAAAACAAUUUACUGUUGAACCUGAAAAAUCAAAUCAAUCACCAGUUCAAAUUGAACAAAACGAAGAAUCCAUUGAAAAUCAAAUAAAUAUCGAAUCAACACCAGAUUUAUCAUCAAACAAAGAUUUUCAACAAACAACACCAACAAAACUUGAUAAUUAUCACAUUCCAGUCGAUGAAAAUUCAGAACAACAUACAACUAAACAAUCAUCACAAGAUGAAAUAUCAGAUGAAAAAACAUGUAUUAAAAAUAAUUCAUCGAUCAUAACAAAUAAGAAAUUGGAAAAACCUACAGUUAUCGAAUUACCACAACCUAUUACAUUAAAUGAAGAUAUUAGCAAAUCCACAAUUGAAAAUCAAGAGUUCAUUGCCGAUACCGAAAAUUUAACACAAACAAUAGUACCAUCUCAAGAAAAUCCGCAUUGUCCUACUUCGGAUGAACAAUUAACACAACCUAAAAUUUUAGUUAAUCAACCAGAACAACGUACAGUUCCAGCUGAACAACCACUGUUAACAACAGCAACAAUAGUUAAAGGCCCAAGAUAUUCUGAUGUUGUUAAUAGACAAUUACCAAAGGCAACAAAUGAAUCAGCAAAACCUACAGAUUCAUUUAAAAAACAAGACUAUUCAAUAGAAUCAAAGAAAAAAAUCAUUUCACCUAUAGUAACGAUUGAAACACCUAAACAAUGUAUCAAUACAGCUGAUGAAACCGAACAAGUUCCUUUGAUAAGUACAAUUAAAGAACCGGAACAAUCUGAAGUAUUACUUGAAAAACAAGAACCAUCUACCACUAUCAUUGAAGAUGCACAUGAUACAUCAAUAAUAUCAAAUGGAGAAAAUCAAAUAUCAUCAACAAAAAGUAAUAAAUCGAGACGAUCUAAUGCUAAAAGAAGAAAAUCAAAAAAGUCAUCAGUUACAAUUGAAAAUUCCCCACAAAAUAUCAUUAAUAAUAAUGACGAUGAUGAUGAUAAUGAAGAAAAAAUUGAAACAUCAUUACCUUCUCAAAAUCUAAAAAGUAUUAUUCCAGAACAACAAACAAGUAACAUUGAAUCAGAAAUUGAAAAAUCGUUAACAACACUUAAUAGAUCAUCUCAUGAUAAUACAUCCACAAAUCAUUCAAAUCCUCAAAAUUCAAGUGCCUUACGAUCUCGUAAAAACAAAAAGAAAACAACAACAACAGCAUCAAUCGAAAAAUCUUCAUCUCCUAUUAAUUCAACGACAACGGAUAAUCGAAAUAUGUUGAUUAAAGCUUUUUUAUUUAAUUAUUCAUUUCAACGUAUAACAACCUAUCGAUGGUUAUCAAAAACUCAUCAACCAUCACUUUUUGAACCAAAAUGGGCAUCAAUAUUUGCUCAAGCAACAACUAAUUCAUAUUUACCAUCAUCAUCAACAUCAGUUAAUAAUAAUAAAAAACCAUUUGUCAUGCUUUUUCCACCACCAAAUGUAACUGGAACUGUUCAUUUGGGUCAUGCAUUAACUACAUCUGUUCAUGAUUGUCUUUUAAGAUGGCAUACAAUGCAACAAAAAUCAUAUGCUCGUUGUGUACCAGGUUAUGAUCAUGCUGGCAUUGCUACACAGGUUAUAGUUGAAAAACAUAUAGCACCUCAAACACGUGAACAAUUAGGUAGAGAAAAAUUUCUUGAAGAAUGUUAUCAAUGGUCUUCAAAUUAUCGUCAAACAAUUGAAACUCAAUUAAAACGUUUAUGUCCAUUAUUUGAUUGGUCAAAUGCUUAUUUUACAAUGGAUAAGAAUCUUGUUGAAUAUGUUCGUGAUUCAUUUUUACAUUUAUAUAAUAAUGGUCUUAUUUAUCGUGAUCGACGUAUUGUUAAUUGGUGUUGUCAACUUCGGUCAGUUGUUAGUGAUAUUGAAGUUGAUUCAAAAGAAAUAAAUGGACGAGAAAAAUUUUCUAUUCCAGGAUAUAAAAAAGAUAUUGAAUUAGGUAUACUUUACAAUAUUGCAUAUAAAAUUAUUGAUGAACAACAAGAUAAAGAAAUUAUUGUUAGUACAACACGACCAGAAACAAUUUUAGCUGAUACAGGUAUUGCUGUUCAUCCAAAUGAUUCUCGUUAUAUAUCAUUAAAAAAUAAAUUUGUUCAAAAUCCAUUUAAUCCUCAAGAUUAUUUACCAAUUAUAUUUGAUGAAAAUGUUGAUCAAAAUUUUGGUACUGGUGCAGUUAAAUUAACACCAGGUCAUGAUACAUUUGAUUAUAUAUUAGCAAUGAAACAUAAACUUGAAAUUCGAACUAUGUUAAAUGAUCAAGGUUAUGUACAACUUGAUUUAAAUCAUCCAUAUUAUCAUGAAUUAAAUAAUUUACAUCGUUAUGAUGCACGUGAAAAAGUACUUCAAUUACUUGAAAAUAAAGGAUUAAGAAGAGGAGAAAAGGAACAAGAAAAAAUGGUUGUACCUCUAUGUAGUCGAACAGGUGAUAUUAUUGAACCAAUGGUUAAAGAACAAUGGUUUCUUGAUACAACUGAAAUGUGUCGUCAAGCUUCAUCCAUUGUUGAUAAUAAUAAUCUGAAAUUAACACCAUCAUCUACUUGUAAAGUAUGGAAAUAUUGGCUUGAUAGUCCUCGACCAUGGUGUUUAUCAAGACAACUUUGGUGGGGACAUUCAAUACCUAUGUAUCGAUGUUCAAUAAAUAAUAAAUCAUCUGAAUAUAAAUGGAUUGGUGCAAAAUCACUUGAAGAAGCAAAAAUAAAAGCUAAAGAAUUAUUUCCAAAUAUUCCAUUAAAUUCAAUUCAUAUUGAACAAGAUCAAGACGUACUUGAUACAUGGUUUUCAUCAGGUUUAUUACCAAUGUCAAUAUUUAAUAAAAAUAAUUCACAAGAAUUUCCAACAACAUUACUUGAAACUGGUUAUGAUAUAAUGUUCUUUUGGGUUGCUCGUAUGGUUAUGCUUAGUCUUAAACUAACAAAUCAAUUACCAUUUCAUGAAGUACUUUUUCAUGGAUUAAUUUGUGAUUCAAAUGGAAAAAAAAUGUCAAAAUCAUUAGGUAAUAUAAUUGAUCCAAUGGAUGUUAUUAAUGGUAUAAGUCUUCAAUCAUUACAAAAACGUCUUGAACAAUCACAUUUAUCACGUAAUGAAAUUGAACGAGCUAAACGUGCACAAGCUAUUCAAUAUCCAUCAGGUAUUGAACCAAUUGGAUCUGAUGGUCUUCGUCUUUGUCUUUUAUCUCAUGAUAUAUUUCAUCAAUCAAUACGUUUUGAUCCAACACAAUUUGAUUAUGUUGCACGUUAUUGUAAUAAAUUUUGGAAUGCUUAUAAAUAUGUAAAAGAAUUUGCCUUAGCUAAUAUGAAUUUUCAUCAUGAAAAUAUAUCAAAUAUAAAUUAUGAACAAAUAGAAAAAUUAGUAAAAGAUCGUCUUGUUGAUCGUUGGAUAUUAAAUGAAUUAAAUAAAACAAUAGGAAAAGUAAAUGAAUGUUUAAAUAAUUAUACAUUUCAUUUAGCUAUUGUUCGUCUACGUGAUUCAUUUUUAAACGAUUUUUGUGAUUUUUAUAUUGAAUUUAGUAAAAUUCCUAUUAAACAACAAUCAAUAGAUAAUAUAAAAUCAAAUGUUCAGAUAUUACUUUAUUAUUUACUUAAACAAUAUCUUAUUCUUUAUCAUCCAUUUUUACCAGCUAUGACAGAAGAAUUAUGGGAAGAUUUAACAAAUGGCAAACAAGGUUAUCUUAUUCAUCAAUUAUAUCCAACCAUGAAAAAUAUUGAAAAUAUUAAUCCUAUUGAUUCUCAAGUAGUACAAAUAAUUCGUUUAAUUUUAAAAAAUGCAACAUAUUUCAAACAAAUGCUUCGUUUAUCACGUGAUUCUGAUAUUAUUAUUCAUUUUUAUAAUCAAGAUAAAGAAGAUUUAUCAAUACAUGUAGAAACUUAUUUAACAGAAAUUCGUACAAUAACUCGAUUAAAUAAUAUUCAUGUUUGUCGUUCAUCAUCGUCAUUGAAUAAUUCUUUUAAUUUAUCAAAAUUUUCAUUUCGUGAUUAUAUAACUGAUAAUAUAGAACUUAUAUUUAAUUUAAAUGAUAAUAAACAAUCAAGAGAACUUGUUGAAAAACAUGAAGAACGAUUAAGUAAACAAGUUGAUAAAUUACAUGAUGAUAUAGGUGUUAAUGAGAUAACGAUGAAAUUUUAUCAAGAAAAUAAUGAUCUUGAAACUCUUGAACGUGAACAACGUCGACGUGAAAGUUUAUUUGACGAUCUUAAAUUAACUCAACAAAGACAUGAAAGAUUUGUUGAAUUAGCUCAAAAACGAACUAUUAUUGAAAAAAAGAAUAAAAAUCAUAGCUGA